AUGGCAAAGCAAGUCCGAGGAUACGAAGGGACCUUGCUAGAAGCUAUCGAGGCAGGUGUGGUGCCGCGGCCUGAAAGGUUGCGGUACAGGGAGUGGCUUGCUUGGCGGGCAGCGGAAGGACAAAGGCCUUCGCGUCGCCGUGGGGAUACCUCACGUACCACUACAAACGGUGAAGAAGCGGAGCUGUGGCGCGAGGUCAUGCGCGCGCUCCAUGAGGAAGACCCAGGAGAAGCAAGUGAAGGAAGUAGCGACAGUCAGGAGGAGGAAGAGCUGCUGAGUGCGGACGACGGGACUGGAAGGGACCGUGCGGCCACCGGCGCCGGGAGAUCGACAGAACAUCCUGACAGGUUUGCGCUGGAGGAUGGGAGAGCGACUCCUGCUUCUUCUACUGUCGGCAACGAAAGUGUGUUCAAGGCACCAGUUACUGCCGAAGCACUUGAGCACGCAAUGGCACGGCCUUACGAUGGGAAUAAAGAAACAGCAAAGAAGUGUGCGCGAAGGGUUUACCGAAUUGCAGAUGUCCUGCAAGAAAUGGGAGCUGAGGUGGACAUGCAAGAAGUGGAGCUCAAGGUGGCUCGCGCCAUUUUUUCAGAAAAGGUUCAGGGGCAAACGCCUGAGGAACAGCUCGCCUCUCUCAAAGAGUUUUUCCGCGAGUUAUUGUUGGAAGAUCCACCUGAAGAGCAAGAAGGAGAGCAUGAAGCACGUUUAGAAGUCCUGUUGCAUAUGAUUCAGGAGAGAGGCGGGAAACUCAGCAAAACCAUGGGAAAGGUCUUCUCUUCAAAUGAAGGGACGCCUGAAAAGAGCGGUCCGUCGAAGGUGUUGGACUACACUCCAGCGGGCAGGGGCCGCGGAGAAAGCUCUCCUGUGGGCUUAGGCCACGGAGAUGGGUUUCGAAGCCCAGCUAUCGAGAGGCCAGCCGCAGAAGUGGCGGAUCUCAAGCGGCGCGUCGCCGAGCUGGAAGGAGACGCUCGGUCCGAGGCUAGUAGGGGUGUAGAUGUGAGCGCUUUUGCUGAAGCCAUCGAGAAACAGACGAAAGUCAUGGCCGAAGCACUCGGAAAGAAACAGAAGCGCUCGACCAUUCAAGUCAGCCCAAAAGUCCAUUGGCCCACGUUGGAUGAUGAGUGCAGCGACUACCGGUCAGUCCAGGAGUUCUAUGACUCUUUCGAAGCCACGAUUGGGUUAGCAAAUGAUGGGGACGGGAUGACUGACAUGGAAAAGCUCACCACGUUGAAGGCAUGCUUGAAGCAGCACCGUUUGAAAACGUAUGAGCUGAUUUACCGCAAGAACCUCGGCUCGGGAAUAGUCAAGGAAGAUCCUGGCGAGGUGUACAGGCAAAUCAAAUCCAAACAUUUGAUGUUCUCCGAGACUGCGGAAGAGAAAGAGAUUCGCGUCUUGGAAGAAGGUGAUGCCCUUCAGAAAGGAAAACUCUCCGCCUUCCAGUGGGAAGUGCGAUGGGAGUCUCACCUGGCGGAUCGAGACAGCGUUGGGCUUGGUCUAAACGCGAAGGAAGCCUUGAUCCAAUAUUUCAGGAAGAUUGGGCCCGCGCUUUCCCGCGACGUAAGACGUGACAGACGUUUUCGGCCAGAUGGGUCGGGGGGAAAUGUGUUCCGCGCAGUUGCGACAUGGGAGGAGGCUCAUGAAGUCGUAAAGGAGAUAGAGGAGACAAAUGCAGGACAGAAGGCGCUAAACAAUAGCACGUUUGCCGUCAAGCAGGUUGGAAAGGAUGGCAAGAAGGGAGCAGAUCAGAUUCACGCGCAAGGCUCGGAGUCCUUAGCGGCAAAGGUGUGCUAUGAAAUGCGGGACAAGGGCACUUGCUCCCGCGGAAAGGAUUGCAAGUUCUCCCACGACAAGGCAGUCGUGGACGAGGCAAGAAGGAAAUGGGUGAAAGAAAAGAAGCAGCAAGAACGGCCUUCCGAAGAGCCAGUAGCCAAGUACGAAGGAGGGCGGAAAGGAGGAAAAGGAAAAGGUAGUGGCCGAAAAGGGGCGGAUCAGGCAGGAUCCAAGGGUGGGCAGGACGACCGUAAGUCCAAAGCGUGUAGAUUCUUCAACACUGCCGGUGGCUGCUCAAGAGGAUCCAAGUGCCCGUUUAGUCACGCCUUGCAAAAGGGGUCUGGAGGUCCUCCAGGAAAAGGCAAUUCUGGUCCUCACCUUCAGCUCGCUAACCUCCCGGACCUCCGUGGUGUAGAUGGAACUGGCAGAGGCAUGGAAUGCAGUAACCCUUUUGGUUGUUUUGAGCCUGUGGUGUGCAGUGGGAACGGCCGAAGCCAAGCGACCGAAAAGGUGCUGGCUACAGAUCCCAAGGCCAAAGGCAAGACAGGGAAGGCCGGGAAGCAAGGAAAAGGAAAAGGGAACAACAAUGAUCUGACAAGUCUGGAUCAGCUCCCGCAGCGUUGGUGGACUGAGUCGCCAAACUGCAAAGGGGGGUACCAGUACCAGACAGAGGUCAAAGUGCUGGAUAGGUAUGUCGGAUGCUUAUUGGAUGGCUGCGCAGGGUGUAAUUCAAUCACCGAGGAAGUAGUGAUGGGAGCCAUCCGAGCAGCUUUGCAGCAAGGGAUCGGGCCGGACAGUGAAAAGUUUCCGGUGGCCCAAUUAGAAAGAUGGCCGCAAGAAGAAGUCGUGAUGGGUUUGGCAAACGACGCCCCUAUCAAGCUGAAGGGUGCGGUCGUGAUGCGCGUUCAGAUGCCUGACGUGAACGGCCAAAAGGUCGAAGAGAUCCUCGUACGGGCAAAGGUAAUCGGCAAAGGGUUGUCGACGUGGCAAGGCCUGAUCCUCGGCGGCCGGGCGCUGGACGCGGUGGAGCGCGGCGGACUGGGUUUUAGGCCAGCAGCGUCGUGCCAUGUGUUUGACGGCUUGGGAGUGAAAUUACCUAGAAAGGAGGAGAUGGAGCCGUUUCCAGACCGUGCCUAUCCAUUUGUCUCUAUCCCAAAGACCCUGUUCGAUCAGGCAUGGGAUCCGGACGAAGAAGGUGACGAGGUCAAGAUGGAAGGCGAAGUGUUCGUCAGUGAAGAGGACCUCGUGAUGGAGCCGAUGACAGGGGACUGGAUCAGAGUUGUGGAAGCAGCAGCCUGGAUCUCAGGUCCAGAGUGUGAGGCAAAUGGCAAGCCGCAAGUGGUGCUGCUCCUAGCAGGCCUCAUGGCGUUCUUGACGGCAGGGGUUGCGGCCGAAGGCGCGCCCGAAGCUGUAAGUAAAGGAGUGACAUCUACAUGGAAGCCGGCGCAAGAAUCAGUUUUUCACAUUGUAGAGACUCCAGGGGCUUUGGACCUCAUGGCGGAGGAGAGUCCAACGGACGAGUACUAUCAUCUCUUACGGGAUGAUAUGGAGAAAAGGUAUCCGGAAGCCUCAAUCCAUCUGUUGGACCACCUUGAAGCCCUGGAGUCCUUCCUAGAUCGGAGUAUCAUCGCAGGGAUGACGUUUGGCAUAGACAAGGCAAGCGUCGCUGUUGUGGAAGGCGAGAAUAUCAGCCAUUACAAUCCCCAUGUGAUCGUGGCAGCAGGUCAGGGCGCCGUCAUAGGAUUGGCAGCGGCGUCCCCGGUAGUAGUGGAGACGGUGAUGCUGUCCAGAAAUAUUCAGCAAGGAGAAGCCCACAAACUAGCGACUGCUUGGGCAAAAGUGAAGAUCAUUGCAGGAGUCAACCCGAGGAUUAGCAAAGCAAAUCCAGGUUGUGAGUUGCUCAAGGAAGCCUGCCCGGAGAUGUUCAAGCCACAUCCCCUGGAAAGUAUUCCCCGACUAGGCCUCUUAGAAGGAGAAGUUCCGAGGAAAGAGGAAAUCCGGGAAUUCCUGGGAGCGGCAGGAGUAGUGCUGGUGGAGACGUGGGAUUCGAUCUUGUGGAAGGGAUGGCUGGAAAAGCCUUCAAAAGAUAUUUGGGAGCAUGGUGGGUUGUGUGCCUGCGGUCGGAGGACGCGGCUUUUCGGGCAGUGCAUGGAGUGCAUCGCCCAAGAGCAUUCCGAAGAUAAGCUUGCAAGGGCUUUGAAAGAGGAAGAAGAAUGCGUCGAAGAAGACCAGGGAGCUAAACGAGAAGGGCUCAUACAGAGUUUCAAUCUCAAGGCAGAGAUAGAGAGAGAUGAAGACACGGGGUUGGAGAAGUUGACGAAAGGAGCAGAGGAUUGGCUGGAUCAGAGAUACCGAGAAAGGGAAGCUGUGGCAGAAGAGGCCAGAGGAGCUUCAGGCUCUCGGCUCGGAGUAGGCCAAGACUUAAGGAACGCUUGGUUCAAAGAUCAAAGAAGCGAUCCCAAGCUGCUUCCAAUCAUCCAAUCUUGUUGGAAGAAGAAGGAAUCCAGAUUCCGAAUUGCAGAUGAUGGACUGCUGGAGAGACUCGUGCAUAAUGUGGACGGAACAGGCGCUGAGAAAUGGGUGCCAGUAGUUCCUGAAGGGGAAGCGGCCCAUAUGAUGACCUGGCGAGAGUUUUGCGCAAGACAGGUUCACGCGGGUGUCAUGGGGGCACACAGGAGCGGAAGCAAGAUGCUCACCCUGUUGCGACGUACCUGCUGGUGGGAAAACAUGGAAGUAGACUUGGAUAAGUUCAGCGACAAUUGCCUUACGUGCAUACGGGGGCGAAAACGUCCGGCUAAGCAGCAGGCAGUGGCAGUGAAGCCUUCUUGGUUGGAGUGUUGGGAAGAAGUCGCGGUGGAUUUCGAAGGCCCAAUGCAUCCAGAAGAUGCAGCAGGUAACAGGUUCAUCCUGUCCUAUAUGUGCUGCGCGUCGCAUUCCAUCAUGCUGGAACCUUGCAAAGCUUUGACGCAGAUGGAAGUGAGAAGGGCUUUUUCUAAGUUGAUGUUCCGGAGCAGGACUAUCCCAAAGGUGCUACGCUCAGAUCGAGGCCAAGAAUUCCAGAGUACCUUAAUGAGAGAGUAUUGUGCGAUCCUGGGUUUGCGGCAAAAGUUCAGCGCACCCUUGAGGCCCUGCGAGCUGGGUGCUACGGAACGAAUCCACCAGGAAACCCAGAAAGUGUUAGGUUUGAUGGUGCACGGUGUGUGCAAGGCGAGACCUCACGAAUGGGGUGAGCUCUUAGGAGUGGUGGAGUUUGUGUUGGAUACCACCCCUGGGCCGUCAGGGAUUGCGCCUCGAGAUUUUGAAAGAGGCUGGAGUAUAGCGUGUCCUCUGGAACGAGAACUCUUAGGUCAAUCAGUGUGGGAAUUUGAGCCCGUAGAAGAGCAUACAAAGAAACUGUUCAGGUCUUAUCGGGAGAUCCGUGUGAAGGUGCUGGGUCGGUAUGCAGCCUCUUCUGCCAAAAGGGCGGAACGAGCCAACAGGUUCAGAAAGGUCAAGGUUGUGGAGAUCGGAGACCUCGUGGUCUAUCGCGACCCGCGCCUCCGAUCUGGAGGGCGAACGCCUUGGCGCAAGCAACUUUCUGAACCCUAUCGAGUCGUAGCGCAGAGAGGUAACCGUGUGGACCUGGAGUCACCGGUUGAGGGCGGCGUUCGUGGGGGUACGUCUUCUUCUGCGCGUCGCCUUCUUCGCGAUGUGCACAUGGAGGAUUUGUUGCUCGUGCCACCGGACGCCCUAGAAGUGGAAGCAAAAGCAGCGUGCCAGUUUGAAACUGAGGACUCCCCCAUGGCAGUCCGCUCACCCGGAAUGAUGUUAGAGGAACGCGGGCGAGCGACAGCUGCCGCGGAAGGCGUAGUGCCAGGGAGGGCGAAUAAAAGAACAAGCCAAGGAAAGCUUGCGUCACUUCGUGUUGGGAGUUUGGUUGCGUACGCCGCCGAUAGCAUUCGGGCAAACGUGCCGGACAACAAGCACGUCAAACGGUGCAGAGUGGGGCAGGUACGAGACAUUCACCCAGGGGUGCAGCAGCUACAAGUGCAUAGGUACCAACCGUUUGCCGAUGGCAGGUUGAGAGUGUUAUGGAAGCCCAUCUACUUGUCGGCUGGUACGAAAGAAGAGACUUUUGAAGCCUUGGGGAAUGAGCCGCUGAUCGAAACAGUUUUCCUGCAGCGCGUGAUCACCGAAGUGUUCCUGAACAGUGGCGUAGUGAAUCAUGCUUCAGCGCGGCGGAUUGAUGCCAGCGGCUAUCGAAUCGAUGAGCGGAAGUCGCCAUCUUUGGUUAAAGAAAUGGAGCAACUCCAUUGCGCUGCGGUCCAGCAGUCAUGGGUGCAAGCCCAUGCGACAUUAGUGGCCGUAACUAGCCCUGAACGAACGUUGGAGCGACCAGAAAAUGGCGACGGUAUAGGCGGCCUAGAAGGAGGACCAGAGCUCGAGGCGUUGUUGGAGCAGAAGCACCAGGAGGCGAUCGAACGAUCUUCAGUGCAGGAGCAGCAGAUCACGGAAGCUUUAGAAGCCUGCGGAUUUCGCUCUCGCGGCCUGGGCGCAGAAAGCAGUCCAAGCCAACAACUGGUAGGCGAUAGGAAGGGUAACAAGGAAGGGGACGAGCGACUACUGACCUGCGGGCGCACCCUGCCGCGGUCCGUGAGUAUGGGCGGAGAAAAGGGCAAGGGCCGAGGAAAGUUCAAAGGCCUCUGGGAUGUUUGGGCGGGGCAGUGGAAUGUUGACGAAGUCAGCCGAAGGAUCACGAAGCUGCUCCGGCAUGGGAGAGACCUCUCAGAGCAAGAGAAGGUGCAGCAGAUCAGCGCGGCUGGGUGGUCUGCCGCAUCUUUCGUGCUGCGGUGCCUCAACAUCAUCCCAGAUCAAACAACGGAUGAGCUGUUAGUGAGAGCGGCAAAGGAGUCUGGAGGGCGUCUGGAGACCAACUGGACGUCAUUGGGGCUCUACGUCCGGGCGCGUCAUAGCUGGAGUCUUCCCCACGUGAGGGAAGGAUUACCCCUGGCGAUUUUGGAGCAAGAGCCCUCUGUCUUGUUCCACGGAACCUCGCGUGUCGCCUGGCAAGGGAUCUUGGGGUCUGGUGCUCUGGUCUCAGAGGCGACCCUGCACGGAGGUCAUGGUAGAACCGAUGUGCACCUUGUUCGCCAACCAGAAGCGAUCAAAAAGGGAAGUGAAGUGAUGAUCUGGAUUCCCACCAGGUUGUUGGGUCGGAUCGCCCUGAGAGCCCAGCAUCCUGUCUUCGCGAACGAAAAGGCGAUUUACUUCAGCUUCCCAUUACCAGUUGGGGGUAUGUGGAAAGUUACAGCCGUAGAUACAAAGGAAGUAGUCUGGACAAAUGACGCCAUGACACCGAGCAGAGCAGACACGCCGCAAAGCACCCCUAGGGCAGCGGACCAAGUGGUCGCGCCUCAGGCAAGUAAUGCAGGUUCAAGGGCCAGAGAAGAGAGCCCAGAAUCUUAUGAAGAAGGAGAGUCGUCGUAUGACGAGGAAGAUGAAAGCGAAGCAAAGAAGAAGCCAGGAGAGAGUUCCGCCGAAGGCUCAGAGGAGACGGCAGGUCCUGGAACCGCUGAGGCUACAGAAAAAGGGGGUGGAGAACGCCCGGGGCCGGCUUUUCCACUGCCGACAGAGCCUAAAGCAGGGCUGCCGAAAGUAGCUGCUGCGGACAGUGCCGGGACCAGUGCCGAAAAGGAUUCGCCUCUGCAAGAGGACAGGCCACGGAGUUCGCAAGGAACAGCCGCGAUACGGUAUAAGGCUGCUCCGGCGUGUUUGAAGGCCACAGUCAAGCAAGAAGUCCUAGAGAGCGAGAGGCCUAGUGGUGCGGCGGCAGCGGAGUCAGUGACAGUGGAGAAGGGGGCCACCAAAGAAGGGAGCUUAUCCCAUGAAGUAGUGGAAGUAAAGGAGGAACCUGGAGCGGCUCAGAGCGCCCAGGAAGAGAGCGUGAAUGAAGGACCUGGUGCGGCUCAUUGCGCCCAGGAGGAGAGCACGGGUAAAGGAAAUCCGAGCGAAGAAAUUCGUGAAGGAGGGGACCAAGUCGAAGCCAGCAGUUCGAGAAAGACAAAGGAACUUGGGCCUUCCGCUGAGCAAGUCAAGAAAGAAGCGGAAAUGACGGUCCCGGUCGGGCAGGAUGGGGCAGUAGUCGAGCUGGAACAGAAGCCAGACUCUUCACCCGAUUGGGGAACUUCUUCAGCUUCGGAGAGCAGUCAAAGAUCCCGGAGCACCCGUCGGAAGCCCAGUCCGACUAGAGAAGCAUCCAGCGGUCAGGAUGACGCGGAUGGAUCAGCCCGUCAGGUGGUCUUGCAGGCGAGGCCAGCAGAGCCGGCAAUGCCACCAGAAGGGGCAGCAGGAGUACGUAGCUCCACGGCGUCCCGUCGAGACACCGUGCGGGCGCAUAUGGAAAUGCACGGAUCAGUGACGUGCCCGAGGUGUGGCGAAGAGAAUGCGCAGUGGAGAGUGAAGUGUUAUAAAUGCAACCUGGAGAGAGCGGACGCAGGUGCAGUUAGGAGCGAGUUCGAAGCUCCAUACCACCGCGGGCAUAAGAAACGCGGGAAGAAAGGCUCGGCGCGCUCCUCACACACCUGGAGAGGCGGCUGGAGCUCGGAUCGCCAAGGACAAGCCACUGCAUCGAGCUCGGAGGACUGGCGACAGGGCUCAUGGGCUUCGCAGGAUUGGCAGAACGACGCCUGGGCGCCGGAACGCUGGCAAGGUGGCGAGUGGACGUCGCAAGACUGGGGAAGCGGAUGGAAGAGAAAGUACGAUCCAACGUCCGGAACGGACGAGAACCAUCCGUACGCGCAUGCCGGGCAGGAAGUGGCGUGGUCAGGCGUGAGAGUCGCCCGGCAGACAGGGGAGAGCGCUGCGGCCAUAGUGCGCGCGCUCGAAGGAGCUGUCGUGGCGGUUGUAGAAGCCGCCGGAGUACAGGCAGAAGCGACCGUUUCCAAGGUGUUCGAAUGGAUGGCCUUGAUCUUGGCCUUGUGGGCUGUCUGGGCUUUGGGUAGAUGGUGGAAGCACCAAGAAAUGAUGAUGGCCGGGUUUAGCGCUGGGAAGAAGCGUGGGAAGAGAAACACCGAUGCCGGAAAGAAGGGUGAACCCGAAGGGCAAGAGUUGUCGUAA